AUGCAAAGUAUCUUCCAGGCCUGCCACACGGUGGGUGAGAGCUACAUGUUCUUGUGUAAGCUGCUGUGUGAGUAUGGCAGUGUUAAGUUGGGCCUGACGGGCCGUCACCGAUUAAUUCUCCACAGACUUCAUGCGACCGGAGAGGGUAUGUAUGUCCUCACGUAUCAGUGCGCAGUCUGCUUGGAACAUUGUGCACAGUUCAUGCGGAAGGUGUUUAAGAUCGUCUUUGGUGGUCAGGGCACUAUCGCCAUCCACCUUUGUAGGUCUUUUAUCCAUCUUCGUAGUUGAUGCCCGAGCUUAUGGAAUUGGGUCCGGAGCAUCAUACUCCAGUUCUCCAGAGGAGCAGGAAGGUGACCUUUGCGGUGGGGCCACCAUCACAGGAUCCCUCACUCCUAUAGGCCGGGACUUUGGGGUUUUCUUCCCCAUGCUGACUGGAGGCGGUAGGUGUUGACUGGGCUCCGGUUUGGGCUCUCUGGACGGCUCGAAGUGGGCUUAAAUCAGCUUAUCUCUCGGCACUCACAGGGAGCGUUACUUAUUACGAUGGCUGCUCACUCCGCCCCCCACUUCCAGUCAUUAUUAUUGCAGCAGAUAUGGCUGCAAUAGAGAAGAAUAUUAUUCUCUGCUAUGUCAUGGACAUCGGUUCUACACUUCCAACAUUUAGCUAA